AUGUGUGAGAAGCAGACGUCCUCAAUGUUGAACCAAACCAUAGAAGAUAAAGAUGAAGAGAAUCAACCAGUGUUGUCAGGAGGAGGAAAACCCACAGAGAAAGACUCGGUUACCAGAGCUAAGAGCGUCCUGAGCCGCGUGAUGCGUCUGGCCCAGCGGUACCUGAUCGACCCGAUGGGCCGGCAGCGGACUGAGGAGAAGAGCUCACAAGUCAAGACCAGGCAGAGAAGUCCUGCACCGGGUCGGGUUCUCAGGAGCCGGACCUCAGCUUCUCUAACUAAAGCUCAGAUCAGAUCCAGGAGGCGGGGCCAGCAGGAGGGCCGAGCCCACCAGCCCACGCUGCAGGGGAGUGGAGGUGACGUCACGGUGACAGAUCCAGCCGCUGGUGGGAAAAGUGACGGAGCAGAACAAACCUUCAGGAGAGCAGCCACAGAACCUCUGGGCAAGGCAGCCCGUCACCACGGUAACCACAUCCUCCGGGUCAAGUCCCUCCGUCUCCUGCGAAGUGGAAAGAACCCGUCCAGCCGGACCCCCCCUCCCUCUUCCUCUUUUCCUCCUCCGUCGCUCCGCUCCUCUACUCUUCCUCCGAUCUCCUCCAUCCCGAGUUCGAAUCCUCCGUCAUCCGGAGCGUCUCAGAGCCGAGAGGAACCCGAGCAGCAGGAUACUCCCAGCAUGGCUUUCAUCAGGGAGCUGUCGUCCAGACAUCAGAUCAGUGUCCCGCUCCGAGACGCCCGGGAGUCCACGCUCAUCUGACGCUGAAGAGGCCGAGGGACGAGACGGAGACGAGAGAGAGAGAGAGAGACGACAC